AGAGAGAGAAUGGGUCUCUUUAACUCGAAGAAAAAGAAGAAAGUCUGGAAGGAGAGGAAGUUUCGUUUGACCAUUUCCAAGUUUUGCGUGCGAUUGGCAGAGGCAGUUUCGGAAAGGUAUGCAUCGUGCAGAAGAAGGACUCGAAACAAAUGUUCGCUAUGAAGUAUGUGAACAAAGAACAAUGUCAACAGAGAGAGGCGCUCAACAAUGUCUUCAGGGAGAUAGAGAUCCUGGCCUCUCUGUCGCACCCCUUCCUUGUCAAUCUGUGGUUCAGUUUUCAAGACGCAGAGGACAUGUUCUUGGUGGUAGAGCUUCUGGUGGGGGGCGAUCUGCGUUACCACCUCCAUCAGGGCGUGCAGUUCGGGGACACCUCUGUCAGGUUGUUCUUGCUAGAGGCAGCCAGCGCCCUUACCUACCUGCACGAGAGGAACAUUAUCCACAGAGAUAUCAAACCAGACAACUUACUACUAGAUGAAGAAGGUCACGUGCAUCUGACAGACUUCAACAUAGCCACUGUGGUGAAGCCGGGACAGCUUGCCACCUCUAUGUCCGGCACCAGACCUUACAUGGCCCCGGAGGUCUACGAGUGCGCUGCGGACGAGUGUUUGGGCUACGGGGCGGCUGUGGACUGGUGGUCUCUGGGGGUGGCAGCAUAUGAGGUGAGGCGAGGAAGGAGGCCGUUUGACAUUCACUCGUCCACUUCCCUCGCUGACAUAAGAAGGAUGUUUCAAGUCACUCCUCGGUUCUCCAGUGACGUCGAUCCGGGCCUUGCUCAGAUGAUACUUGGGCUCCUAGUCCUGGAUCCAUCACGGCGAGUACAAUCAUUAGAGAAGAUAUACAAGAUUCCCUUCAUGGCGGAGGUGGCGAUGGAAGAUGUACUCAACAAGAAAAUCAAGCCAGCCUUUACUCCGCCGAAGGACCACCUGAACUGUGACCCAACAUUUGAGCUGGAGGAAAUGAUCAUUGAGUCUCGGCCACUGCACAAAAGAAGCAACGCCUUUCCAAACAGAAGAGCCUCACACACACCUCCCAAUCUGGCAACACUGACGCGGAGGAAGAGAAGAAGUACGAGGGCAUGCUGGUCUUCAAUCGAGAGGUGGAGGAGAGAGAGAGAGGAGAGGAGGGAGAGAGAGAGGGAGGAGAGAGAGCAGAAGUGGCAGGAGGAACUGGAGGAAUCUAUGAGGAUGUCUGACCCCACUGGCCACGGCUGUUCUUUCAUGGGGUCACAGUCAAGCACGCCCGUCAAGACAAAGCUAGGAGGUCAGCAGGGGUCAAGUGAGGUGACCAGGUUAUCUCCCCUCACCCCGCCCACCUUGACCGAGGCUGACCUGCAGGUGACCAAGGCCGCUGUGUCACCCUCAAGUGUCCGGGCUCGUAUUGCGCGCUCUCCAAAGGUGAAGGUUAGAGGCACCACGGUCACCAUCGAGUCACCACGCUCCUCUUCCUCCUCCCUAACCAAAUCCAGCACUAACUACCUCCAGGAACGCCUAAAGGAACUCCAGGCAGAUCAGCGGCGCGCCCAGACCGAGACCGAGACAAGCAGCGAUGACGUCACGGGGGAAGCCAGCCAAUCACAGCGCAGGACCGAGAGGGAGCCAGCCAAUCACAGCGCAGGAAUGAAGGGGACGCAAGAGGAGGAGGAGGAAGUUCGGUUGCGUUCGAGUAGAAAUAAUAAUAAUAAUAAUAAUUGGUGGCAGACUGCACGUGAGGCACCAGAAGAGCGGGAGGUGGAUCCAAGAUUAUUUAACGUCAGAGCAACCUCCUACCUCCUGGCAUCCGUGCACGUUUGGAGGGACGUAUGA